ACUACUUUCGAAUUUGAAAAAAAAAAAAAUGUGGAGAGCUUGAGAACCAGAUAUGAAGCGUGUCGUUAAACGACGACGUUUGCAUAAAUACCGAAGCUCUGUCUUAAAACUGAACUGAAACACUUUCAAUCCCAAACCACCGAUUACAAACCCCAACAAUGUCGGUUGACAUCCCGUACGAUCUAAUCAAGCAGGCACAGAUCGCAGUUCUCAAAGAAGCCAACCUCUCAUCAUUUGAUCCAGACGACGCGUCGGUUCCUGACUUACCGUCGUUUCAAUCUUCCCUUUCUGAGCUUGACCCGUCUCCGCCGUAUCUCCGAUGCAAGCAUUGCAAGGGAAGACUUCUCAGAGGUGUUGUGUCUUUAAUUUGCGUGUUUUGCGGCAAAAAAGAAGCUCAACAAGAAACGACACCUGAGCCUAUUAAUUUCAAGUCUACGUUUGGCUGCCGUUGGUUACUUCAAUCCCUUGCCUUAGAUGGAUCUGAGAUUGCUGGGGCGCCUGUUAAAGCAAAUGAAUUAAACAGAGGACAGACAGAACUGGAAGAGUUUCCAAUCUUGGAUUUUCUAGAUUUAGAAAUACAAUGGCAGCCUGAGUUGGAGAAAGUUGAGAGUGAGAGUGAUAAGAGCCGUUUGCAUUUAGUUGGUAUCCCUCUUGACAACUUUUUCACUGAAGGGAAGAAGGACAUUGUCUCGGAUCAGCAGACGUUGGAAGACCAAAAUGAUGACAGUAGUGUUGAUCAUGAUUUUCAAGUUAGGGAUAAUCAUAGUUCUUUAGAGAAUAUUAAGUGUUUUGAGCCAGCAGUGAGGUCUACGGAGGACAAGAGUGGUGAUGACUCAUUUGAUGGUUGGGAGGCCAGUUUCCAAUCUGCUGAUGAUGGAAAUGUUCAUGAGGAAUCUAAAUUGGAUAAUCCUGUUGUGGAGACAACAGUAGAUCUUUCUGCCCACAUGGAUGCAGUGUUUGGAUCUGAAAAUAUUGGUUCUUCUGCAACCAAACCCAGUGACUGGUUUCAAGAUGAUCUAUGGAGUACUUCCAACUCUGAGGAAGUAGGCAAAUCGAAGCAGGUUGAUUUGACUGCAGCUACGGAGGAUGAUGGAAUGGUGGAGAAUGUGAAUAAUUCUUCUUCAAUGAGUAUUGAUUUUAUUCAAGAUGCCCUAUGGAAAAGUGAAAGCACCAGUGCACCUGAUAACAAAACCAUUCAUGAUGAGGAUGAUUCAUUUGAUGUUUGGAAUGAUUUUACUGGCUCGACUACUGUGGACAAUCCUACUAAUAGUGAGGCCAAGCAGUUUGAGGUGACUGCAGUUGUUAAAGAUGGAGGAGAAGUGGAAAAAGCCAAUAAUUUGUCCUCAAGAAGUAUUGAUUUGGUUCAAGGUGACCAACUACAAAUUGACAAUAUUGAAAUACCUGAUAAUAAAGUCAAUAAUGAAGAAGAUGAUUCUUUUGAUGCUUGGAAUGAUUUUGCAAGCUCAAAUAGUGUACAAAAUACAUUUAACAGACAAACUGGCGAGGCCAAGCAGUUUGAAGUUAAUCCAAAUUUAAAGGGUGGCGAGAUGGAAAAUGCAAAAAAUUCUUCUUCCAUGAAUGUUGAUUGGUUUCAAGAUGAUCAAUGGCAGACCACCAGUAAGGAGGCACCUGAUAACAAAACUGUUGAUGUUGAAGAUGAUCUCUUUGAUACUUGGAAUGAUUUUACAAGCUCAGUCAGUGCACAAGAUCCUUUUAAUAUGCAAUCUGGUCAGACCAUGCAGUUUGAAGUGACUGCCACUGUUAGGGAUGAUAAAAUGGUGGGAAAUGCCAAUAAUUCCACAAGUAUCGCUUGGAUUCAAAAUGAUCAUUGGCCAAUUAGCAGCAACAAGAUUCCUGAUAGUAAAACCAUUGAGCAGGGCAAUGAUUUAUUUGAUACUUGGAAUGAUUUUACAGGCUCAACAAGUGUGCAAGAUUUUCCAAAUGAACAAACUACUUCAGCCGAACAGUCUGAAUUCACUGCAAAUGUUGAGGUUAAUAAUUCUUCUUUUGAUUGGUUUCAAGCUGAUCGAGGGCAAAGUAGCAGCAACAAGCCCCCUGGUGAUAAAACUACUGAGGAAGACUAUGAUUUAUUUGAUGCCUGGAGUGGUUUUACAGGCUCAACUAGUGCCCAGGAUCCUUCUAUUAAACAAUCUGUUGAUCAAUUGGCGCCAUCCAUUGAGCAGACUUCAGAGAUGAAGUUCAGAGGAACUAACAACAAUGUGCAGAAUGAUGCUUUCGGUAGUUUUUCUCAAGCACAUUUUUUUCCAGGGGCAUUCAGUGAUCAGAAUGGUUCUAAAGAAGUUAAUAACAUGCACUCAGAGCCGUCAGUCUCAAAAAGUCUACCUGAUAUUAACGCAACAAAGGGAGGAAAUGCUAGAGAAGCUGCAAUAACUGAAGAUGUUUCAAAUACAACCACCAAGUCAACAACUAAUGAUGUAGAGAUGCUACUGUCACAGAUGCAUGACCUAUCAUUCAUGCUUGCUAGUAAUCUCUCAGUUCCAUCAAAACGAGAUGAAUUUGGUUCGUUUUCCAAGCAUUGAGAUUUUUUUUUUCUUUUAUCAGUAUAUAGUGUUUGGGUCCACUCUGUAUUCUAUUUUGUUUGAUUCCUAUUCCAGUAUUCUUUUAUGUGUUAAAGUCAGCGUAUGGCUUCAUCUUCUAACCGCCCUCUAAUGACUCUUUUAAUUUUUAAAUUUAUUUUUUGGAAGCUUAAAAAUUUCAAUUGAAAA